ACUUUGAGUAAUGUAACACGAUGACAUAUAAAAGCACAAAAAUAUAAAUAUAUCAACAUUGAUAUCUUGAAAAAGAAUGAAGCCUACAUUACUUACCACCCUUUCUUUGAUCCUCUUUGCCUUAACCACUCACUUUCCAUUAUCCUUUACACAAGAAAGUGUCCCAGUUUUGGACACAGAUGGAAACCCCCUUAUUCCUGGUGCCAAAUACUACAUUUUACCAACUACCCCAGGACUAGAAGGAGGUGGUGGACUAAGGCUUGGUAUAACAGAAGGUCAAAAAUGUCCAAUUACUAUAAUUCAAGAUUUUUCUGAGACUUUUCUUGGCUUGCCAGUGAAAUUUAAUGUAAAAGAUGGCGAAGACACUAUACUUGAAGAUUAUUCAAGGAUAGAUAUUGAAUUCAAUACGAAACCAGAAUGUGCUCAUUCUUCCAAAUGGGUAUUGGUUGAAAAUUAUACAUACCGUACAGCAUGGAUUUGUAUUGGUAGUAUUGAAGAUAUUAAAGAUAGUUAUGGUAAUGUUAUUAAUGGUGUGUUUAGCAUUAUGAAAGGAUGGUCGGGAAAAUACAAGCUUGUAUAUCGGUCACCGGCGUUGGGAGGAUUUACCGAUAUUAAAAGCUAUGACGAUAUCACUGGAAGGCGUCUAGUUAUCGUGAACCCGAAAGGUCGUCCCGAGGAGGAGAAUUAUCGUACCUUUAAUGUUAAAUUUAUUAAGGCAAGUGGAAAUGGAAGAUCUGUAGUUUGAAUUAUAUCUCCAAGCUAGUAAGAUCACAAAGAUGUAGUGUUAAAUUCUAUUCUGUUUCAGUUCAGUUAAGAUCGCUUUGGUUUUCGUUGAGGUACUUUGUGGGGAUUAGUUUAUGUUGGCUUCGUUUUAUUGUUGGGCCGGGAAUAGUCACUUAAAUUAUUGUAAGGGGUGGGUGGAUGUGUGGUUGUUUGUCGUACUUUUUGAUUGGUUUAGGUGAUGUGUCCAUUAAUAAAAUUUAGCCGAUUCAAAAAAAAUAUUAGUCUUUAAGGUGAACAUUUUGGUAAACCUUAAUGGAAAUGGAAGAUGUGUAGUUUGGAUUAAAUUUCCAAACUAGUUUCAACUUAUAUUCUGUUGGUAGGGACAUCGUAU